AUGUUGUCAGAGUCGACAAACAACCAUUGUGAAGAAAUACCUGCGGAUAAACCGUCGUCGGCACCACUCCAGAGUGAGGUCAUUGUAAUCUCUGACGACAGCAGAAGUGAUGUUGAUAAGAACGACAAUCACGCUCCCGAGUUAAGUCCAUCUCAGAACGAUGAGGUCAUUACCAUCUAUGAUGACAGUAGAAGUGGUAUUGAUACAUGCGAAAACGAUGGAAUAAUUGAUGUGAUUGGAGACGAUGUUCCGCCAAAAUUACAAAUAUUCUCUCCAAAGGAAAGGGAAGAGGUUUGA